AUGUCUCGCAAUACUAACAGCAAGCAAAAGACUCCUCUUGUCACUCACUUGGUCGCUGGUGGAGCUGCUGGUCUCAUGGAAGCAUGUACUUGCCAUCCAUUGGAUACCAUCAAGGUCAGAAUGCAACUCUCAAAGUCUGGAUCAAGAAGCGCUACAGGUCAACGGCUUGGUUUCUUGGGUGUUGGUGCAAAGAUUGUAAGAAAUGAAUCAUUCUGGGCCUUGUACAAAGGUUUGGGUGCAGUUGUAUCUGGUAUUGUCCCCAAGAUGGCUAUUCGCUUCUCGUCUUUUGAGCUCUAUAAGUCAUGGAUGGCUGAUGAAAAUGGUGCCGUCAGCACCAGCUCUGUCUUUUUGGCUGGUCUUGCUGCAGGUACUACAGAAGCAGUGUUAGUCGUGAGUCCCAUGGAUUUGAUAAAGAUUCGUCUGCAGGCACAACGUCAUUCCAUGGCUGAUCCUUUGGAUAUCCCCAAGUACCGCAACGCACCUCAUGCUGCCUACACCAUUGUCAAGGAGGAAGGUGUUAGAGCAUUGUAUAAGGGUGUUACAUUGACUGCAUUGAGACAAGCCACAAACCAAGCUGCAAAUUUCACUGCAUACCAAGAAAUGAAGAAGUUUGCUCAGCGUGCUCAAGAUUUGACAGAGCUGCCUUCCUAUCAACAUUUAGUAUUAGGUGGUGUUUCAGGUGCCAUGGGACCUCUUUCCAAUGCGCCUAUUGACACUAUCAAAACUCGUAUCCAGAGAUCUUCAGCUCCCGGUAGUGGAUUCGAGCGAUUCAAGACGGUUACUUCUGAAAUCAUGCGCAAGGAAGGCUUCUUUGCCUUUUAUAAGGGUUUGACUCCUCGUUUGUUGCGAGUUGCACCUGGUCAAGCCGUAACUUUCAUGGUGUAUGAGCGAGUUAAAAGCAUCAUUGAUAGCUUUUCCGAAAAAGUGCAAGAAGGAGAGAUCACUACUAAAUUGGUGACUAAAUAG